AAACGUUUUAUUUACUUGUGCACCAUACACCGGACCCUAUUACACGUGCUGAAUAUUAUUAGCGGUUUGUAUGUAAUAGACAUCAACAGAAGCCUCAAAAGAUAUCUUAUCCAUGCAUUUAGAAAAAUUAAAGAGAAAAAAAAGUUUAAAAUAUUGUGCAAAAUCUAUAAAUUAAUUGCAUAAUUUCGAAACAUAUAUUAGGAUUAUUUACGAUAAUCUCAAAAAUGAAUAUGCUAAAAUAUAAAGAUUUUAUUGAAGAAGGUGAUUUAGUAAUUGUGUAUUUAGAUGUACGCCAUUUAUAUCCAGUGACUAUUAAAAAAGAUGAAGUGUUUCAAAGCAAAUAUGGUGCCCUUAAACAUAAUGACUGUAUUGGCAAAAAGUUCGGAAGUGUGAUAUCUUGCACACGUGGAUGGGUUUAUGUACUCUUUCCAACACCGGAGUUAUGGACUGUGACGUUACCUCACCGAACACAAAUUUUAUAUGCUGCGGACAUUAGUUUAAUUAUUGUUGAGUUAGAUCUAAAACCAGGAUCUGUUGUAUGCGAAGCAGGAACUGGCAGUGGCUCUUUAUCACAUGCUUUAAUAAGAGCUAUUGCACCAAAUGGCUUUCUAUAUACUUUUGAUUUCCAUGAGCAGAGAGUAGAAGUUGUACAGAAUGAAUUUAAAGCUCAUGGAUUGAGUUCUCAUGUGAAAGUUCAAAAAAGAGACGUUUGUUCAGAUGGAUUUGGUGUUGAUCAAGUUGCAGAUGCUGUAUUUCUUGACCUCCCAAAUCCUUGGGAUGCGAUUCCUUUCACAGUAAAGGCAUUUAAAGCAACUGGUGGAAGAAUAUGUACCUUCUCUCCAUGUAUUGAACAAGUGCAACGCUCUUGUCUAGCAUUACAAGAAUAUGGAUUUCGAGAUAUAGUGACUGUUGAAUGUUUACAAAGGGUAUAUGAUGUGAAAAGAAUUACUCAAACAAUUGUGACUUUUGAUAAUAUGAAAUGUGAUGACAGUUCAUCAUUAGAUAAAUCAAUGGAAGACGAUUUUGAUGAUUCUGAACACCAGCAAUCAUCAAGUAAAAAUGGUUCUGCUUGUUCUGCUUCUAAUACAUCAAAAGAAUGUGAAACAGUGACUCAUUGGGCAGCAGUACCACCACUUCAAACACCUGGCCAUACUGGAUAUCUUACAUAUGCAACAUUUAUGCCAUUGAAUUCUUGAUAAAGAAUGUUAAAAUGCUAUAUAUGUUUUUUUUUUUAAGUUGAAAUUUUCUCCAUAUUUUUUGUAUGAUAUAAGAAUA